AUGGGCAAGUUAUUAAUGCGCUUGACAGCCUUGUUGGGAAUUGGCGUUUUCGUCCUCGUUUUGGCACUCAGCGUUGAAGGACGAGGAAUUCGCUGUCGACAAGGAUUCAGACUGAAACUCCGAGAUGACUCGUGUAUGCUUUGCAAAUGUGACGAUGCUGGGGAUUGUUCAUUGAAAAGAUUGUUCUGCACAUGGUCCAUCCGUCGGCCAUUUUUCGAGUCAAGAGGAUGCAAACCAAUUGACAAAGGGGGAUGCUGUCCUAAAAUCGCGUGUCCUCUGUCAAUCCUGAGUGAGCUCAACAGCAGUGACAGCAGUGACUCUUCUGAGGAAGAUGAGUCAAAUGCUGCUCAGUCUCAGAGCACAGUACAGUCAUCUUCAUCAACACAACAUGAUGCUGCUGGAUCAGAAAGAUCAUCAUCAUCAUCAUCAGGACAUGAUGAAUCACAAUCAGGAGUUGGGAAAUCCCAUCAGGAUUCACCAUCAGUAGGCCAUCAGGAGACCAUCAGGAAAUCCCACUCUGGGAGGGAAUCCCAACAACAUCACCACCACCACCAUCACAAUCAGGAAAAAUCCAGAUCAGGACAUGGAACCACUUCAUCAUCAUCAUCAUCAGUUGUGGCUGUGACAGUCAACCAUGGAACAUCCUCUGGCCUCAACCUGUCCAACUUUGGUCCCAAUGGUGGCUCCAGAGUGCGCACCACUGUGGCACAUGGCAGCUUCAGAAGGUUUCCCUUUUUAAGGAAAUCUGAUGGCUCCAGCAGGAACAGGGCAAGUGGUGGUACCACCACCACCACCAGCAGCAGCAGCUUCUCAUCCAGAACAGGUGAAGUCUCAUCCACAGCUGGUGAACAUGAUGGUCAACAAGGAACCAAGGGUGCUGGUGGAUCAUCUGCUGGACAUGGUUCUGUCAGUAGCAGCACUGGAGGAAAUGGUGCAUCUGGUGGAACAGAAGGUGGACAAGGAGGUGCAGGAGGCCAUGGAGAAGGUCAUUCAGGUGCUUCUGCUGGGACUCAAAUCAGUCAUGGUUCCACCAGCAGUGGUGUAGGAGAGGGUGCAUCAUCUGGAUCAGAGGGAGGAAAUAAUAAUGGAGGAGGUCAUGGUGCUUCUGGAACUGAAGCUGGUCACAGCACAGCUGGAACACAAGGCACUUUGGAAUCUAGUGGGACAGAAGCUGGUGGUGGUCAAGGUGGCAAUCAGGGUGGUUCAGGAGCAGAAGUGGGAUCACCAAGUUCAGGAUCUUCAAACCUUGAUGCUGCUGCAGCAAAUUCAGGACAUCAGUCCACUGGUGUUGCUUCUGAGUCCAUUGCUACAGGCAAUGAAUUAGGAUCUGCUGGUCAACAAGCAUCACGUUCUUCAGGCCAUUCUUCAGGAGAUUUUGAAAGGGCAGCAAGAAGAGAUGCAGUUUUCCGCCGCCUUGGACUGCGAAAUGAAAAUGACAUAGCUUCUCUGGGAAACCGCCUUGGCUUUGGCACAACACACAACUUCAUCAAUGCACUAGACAUUGCUUUGAGUGGUGGGAAAAAUAAGCAACAAAAAGGACAUGGGUCUGAUGCUUCUGCUGGGACAGAAACAGGUGGCCAUGUUGAACCUGCCAGUGGUGGCCAAGAGGCAUCUGGUGGACAGAGCACAGGAAACCAAGGUGCUGGUGGAAGUGGACAAGAAACUGGAAGCCAUGGUGGAUCUGGUGGCAAAGAAGCAGCAGGUGGCCAAGGUGGAUCAGUUGGCAAUGAAGUCUCUGGUGGUCAGAGUGAAGCUGGUUCUCCAGCAGUCAGGGUGGACUUGAAGCUGGAGGACAAGGUGGAUCUGGUGGUCAUGGUGGACUUGAAGCUGGAGGACAAGGUGGAUCUGGUGGUCAUGGUGGUCAUGGUGGAUCUAGUGGUCAUGGUGGAUCUGGUGGUCAUGGUGGAUCUGGUGGUCAUGGUGGAUCUGGUGGACAUGGUGGAUCUGGUGGUCAUGGUGGAUCUGGUGGUCAUGGUGGGUCUGGUGGACAUGGUGGUCAUGGUGGAUCUGGUGGUCAUGGUGGAUCUGGUGGACAUGGUGGUCACGGUGGACUUGAAGCUGGAGGACACAAUGGAUUUGAAGCUGGAGGACAAGGUGGACUUGAAGCUGGAGGACACAAUGGACUUGAAGCUGGAGGACACAAUGGACUUGAAGCUGGAGGACAAGGCGGACUUGAAGCUGGAGGACACAAUGGACUUGAAGCUGGAGGACAAGGUGGAUCUGGUGCUCAUGAAACAAGUGGUCAUGCUGGUGGAUCUGGUGGUCAUGCUGGUGGAUCUGGUGGUCAUGCUGGUGGAUCUGGUGGUCAUGCUGGUGGAUCUGGUGGUCAUGCUGGUGGAUCUGCUGGUCAUGGUGGAUCUGGAUUACAUGAAACAGGUGGUCAUGCUGGAUCAGCUGGUGCAAGUGGUCAUGGUGGAUCAGCUGGUGCAAGUGGUCAUGGUGGAUCUGGGACUCAAGAAGCUGGUGGUCAUCAUGGAUCUGGGACUCAAGAAGCUGGUGGUCAUCAUGGAUCUGGUGCACAAGAAGUUGGUGGACAAGGUGGAUCUGGUGCACAAGAAGUUGGUGGACAAGGUGGGUCUGGUGCACAAGAAGUUGGUGGACAAGGUGGAUCUGGUGCACAAGAAGUUGGUGGACAAGGUGGAUCUGGUGCACAAGAAGUUGGUGGACAAGGUGGAUCUGGUGCACAAGAAGUUAUUGGACAAGGUGGAUCUGGUGCACAAGAAGUUGGUGGACAAGGUGGGUCUGGUGCACAAGAAGCUGGUGGACAAGGAGGAUCUGGUGUACAAGAAGCUGGUGGUCAAGCUGGACCUGAAGGUCAUUCUGGAGUACAAGAAGCUGAAACCCAUGCUAGGACAGGAGGACAUGGCAGUAUUGCUGCCAAUUCUGGAGGACAAGGAAGCUUCUGCAGGAACACAACAAGCCUCCAAUGGACUUGGUGCAGAAACAAUAGGCCAGGAACCACAACAACAAACCUCACAGCAGGGCAGUGGACUUGAAGCACCAGCAAUUGCUGGACCAGUGGCACCAGAACCAGUCAGUGUUAUAACUGGCCCAGCAGCAGAGGCUCCAGGAAAUGAAAUCACCAAUGAACUUCCAGGAACAGACCCCUUGAUUGAACUUCCAGGGGACACUGGCAAACUAAAUGAACCAUUUUAUGACAUUGUCUUUGGAUUUGCACAUUCUCUAUUUCAAGGAAACCAUGACCUGAGCUCACUUGGUCUCACACCUGAAACUCUGGCUGCUCUGGCCAAUUCCCCUGGACAAACUGGCCCAGCAAACAUUGAACCCUCUGCUUUGGACAAUGGAAUUCUUGUGGAGAUUCAAGGGGCUUCAGAUCCACUGCCUGAGGUUUCACCAGCUGCUGAGGUUCCACAGCAGGCUAUUGAGGUUCCACAGGCUGCUGAACCUGCUGCUGUAGCAGCAGAGCCUGAAGUAGCUGCACCAGUUGCACCCAAGCAAGAAGCUCCUCCAGCAGUUGCAUCUGAAUUGCCAUCAGCACAAGUUGCAGCUGAACCUGCAUCUCAGCUAGCUGCUGGAAAUGAACUUGGAGCUGAACCAGCAGCAGAUAUUCAACUUGGACCAGAUCCAGCUCUGUUUGCUCAGGCGCCAACCAGUUGCAAAAAUGGAGGUGAUGGGUUCUUUGUAGGGGAUGGACUCUGCUACCUCUGCAAUUGUAAAAAUGCAGAUUGCAAUGUGGAAAGAAUUGGGUGUCUGUGGCACAAACAGCAAGCAGAAUUGCUGACCCACAAGUGCAAACCCACUUACAAGCCUGGGAAAUGCUGUCCUGAAGUCCUGUGCUGGGACACAGUCAUCUUGGAGGAAGAUGAGGACACACAGAAGCAGCUCAAUCAAGUCAAGCUCCCUCAAAUUGCAUAAAAAGUGUCC